AAAGUUGUUCAUCACAAGAAGAGACAAAAAAAGAGACAAACAUCCAUUGACAGUAAUAAUAACCUGCACCUAAGGUCAGUUUUUAGUGAACAGUUGAAUCUGUCACUGCCUCACACUGAGGAGGAACAUGUAAAAACCAGAUUCAGAAAGACUGAACCACUGAACCACCGUGUCCCUGGUUGAGUUCAUCUUGUUAAUGCUAUUUAUAAGGUUCUUGUCCAAAUUAUUUAUAUCAGUAAAGUGGUCCUGGUGUGGAUCCUUGAGGCACACCCAGCCCCAGGCCCCUCACAACCAGACAGUUCAAGUCCAUUUUCCUGAAUGAUCUCCAGGUGAUGUGCAUGUCUGUGGAUGUUUUCUCAAAUAAAUUGAAUACAUCUAAGAACACACACAAAGAUGCAUUUGAUUUCAUUUGAUAGUCAUUUCAUCAUCGUACUCUCUUCAUUUAUUUUGGGUGUCAUUAAGGUUUUUUUUCCCAAAUUUUUUUUUUUUUUUUUGUAGAACAGGCCUGGACUUUGAAGUAUUGAUCAACUGUUUGGAAAAGAUUUGAAAAGUUACCAAGAACAAAGGUUCUGUUUGUGACUGUAACCUAGUUUCACAGCAUUCUUAAUUUCACUGCCACAAUUUCUCCUGCUGACAAAAUUAAACAGAAAACAGGUGCGAGGCUCGUGUGUCGGUAUCUCAGUGAGACCAGGUGUUUCUUUGUGCUCCAGUGAACACCAGUUUCAUUACAAGCAAAAAUAAAACAGUCAGAAAAGUAGUAUUUAAAGAAAACGGUAACAUUGGAAAACAUUCUGGAGAAGUUAAUUCCCAUUACAUGGAACUACUGAAAUCCAAUAAUAUUAUAAUAAAAUAACAAUGUUAAACAUAAUCCUACUGUCCCUUCAUCAGCGCUCUGUCAUGUGACAGCACCCCAUGACUUCCUUUUUUUUUUUUUAAAAAAGCUUAAAUCUUUUUAUAGUUUCUCGCUCACAAAUCUCAGAACCUGACAGCAGAUCUGGUUCCCAUAUUUCUGUGUUUCCUCGCCGUGUUUCACUGCAGCCGUCACUCGUCAGGAUGACCGUACACUUCAGUUUAAAGCUUCUAGUAACCGUCUUGUUCUGGCAUUGCACGCUGAGUCGUGCCGACUUCUCCUGUAGGAAUGAAGCUGAUGAGCCCGUUGAUUGGUUUAUCAUCUACAAACUGCCAAAGUAUAGGAUUAACUACGUGGGCAGUGGGGUGGACUACAUGUACCUGGACUCAUCAGUAAACGACUGGAAAAUGAGUACAUUUAUGGUUAACCUCAGCCAAGGAGCCGUAGGAAACACACUCAGUCAGCUUUAUGCAAGAAAGACCUACGAGUCCGAGGACUCGGUCUACGCUCUGUACAACGAUGCACCACCAGUCCUGGACUACAUUAAAGGAUAUGGACAUACUAAAGGGGCACUGCUCUUGGACCACUCUCAAGGUUUUUGGUUAUCACACACAGUACCUCGUUUUCCCUCAUUCCCAGAGAGAGGUUAUAUUUACCCGCCAUCUGGGAGAGUCAACGGCCAGACUGCUCUGUGUGUGACCUUCAGAUACAAACAGUUUCUGACUCUUGUGGAGCAGUUGUCUUUCCUUUACCCACGUAUCUACAACUGCUCCGUUCCUGCUGCAUUCUCCACCGACCUGCCUCAGUUGGUGCAGUUAUGUAAAGGCAUCAAACCGUCACUGACCUCAGACAGGAACAUGCAGCAGCUCGUCUCAGUGGGAGGGGAGAAGUUUGUUCACUUUGUCAAAUCUGAACGCUAUGUAGACGACAUCUACACAGGCUGGGUGGCUCAGGUCUUGAAGACAGACCUGCUGGUGGAGUCCUGGCAGCGAGAAGGUCAGCUGCCAUCCAAUUGCUCACUGCCCAAACACACCAUGAACAUCAAGAGGAUCCAUCUCCCCACGUCAGUCUGGUUUCAGUCCUACCAUGACCACUCUAAGUGGUGUGUGUCACAGAGACCAGAGGACCAGGUGAUCUGCCUGGGGGAUUUGAACAGGGACCGGGCCCAGCUGUGGCGCAGUGGUGGACUGACAUGCUCAUUCAACCCUUUGAUUUACAGAGCCUUCAGACAGGUGGUUGACAGCUACAUUAGCUGCUAAACCACAGGGACACUGGUAGAACCAGUACCAGUGUACCAGUCUGUCAGCCCAUGUCUCAGUGGUUGAUCCCAUAAUAACAUAUAAUAAUAAUGAUAAUGAUAAUGUAUGGUUCAGUAUGCAGACAGUAGUGAGUGUUUUUGUUUAAAGUAAAAAUUAUUUCCAAACAGUUAAAACAAGAACAAAAUUAUAUUUUACAA